AUUAUUAUGCAGUGGAAGCCACUAAAGAAAUAGCUGCACAAAUGAACAAGACAGACUGGAACUUCGAUGACCCUUGUAGUAACCAAUCGACUAUUGAUAAACCACGCACAGAAAAGUACAUCAAUGAAAUCGGCCUUGGAGAGCAACUUGUUUUCUGGAACUGUUCCCUCUGAGCUUGGGAAAUUGGUGAACUUGACUUAUUUGAAUCUUAAUGCAAACAAUCUCACUGGAGAGUUCCCUUUGUCUCUCACUAAUCUCUCCAAGUUAUCCGUGCUUAGGAUCAGUAGUAACAACUUUACAGGAAGUAUGCCUGAGUUUAGCGGUUGGAAACAACUUCAGUAUUUAGAAAUGGAAGCAAGUGGUUGCAAAGGGCCAAUUCCUUCUAGUAUUUCUAGCUUGGAUAAGUUGAUAGAAAUGUAUGUUCUCUUUCAUUUAUUAUCUAUAUUUCUGUGUCUGCUUAAAAUCUUGGUAUGUUCACUAACUUAAUUUGUGAUGAGACACUUUCUUCACUGAAGGAUUACUGACUUAAAUGGAGAGAGCUCAAAUAUUUCGGACUUGAGAAACAUGACAAACAUAAAA